AACUCAUCCUGUCACCGACGCGAUGACAAUUCAACUAUAUUAAAUUAGUUCUCCUAACAAACACAGAAUCUUGACUAUGACCUCUCCUUCAAAAUCAUUCAUAACCAUUUCAAAGUGUGGAACAGAAAAUUACAUGGCCGCUCAGACGUCACUCCAAUCUCAAUAGAAGGAUACGGUUUUUAUUGCCUGAAAAAUCUUGAAUAUUUCUAUUUAGGGGUGCCAACCUACUUAUCUGUUUUGAUAUGGCCGUUCUGGUAAAUCACACGCCUACCCAAUAUCUCAUCAUCAUCAUAAUAAUGGGUCCUUGUUGGCAACCGCACAUCCCCCUAUAAUAACGCCCUUGUUGUUGGUAGAAAGUAUCAGAAUCCAUCCAUCCACCAUGACCAUCACAAAAGACGCCGGAAUUUUCACACCAUUACUCCCGGAGCUCAAUCCCAACAACCAAGAUGAAGAUUCCGGUGGUGGUGCAUCUGUUUCCGGUGCGGUAUUCAACGUGUCAACAAGCACCAUCGGUGCCGGGAUUGUGUCAAUUCCGGCGACACUUAAGGUAUUGGGAGUGAUUCCGGCGAUUAUUCUCAUCCUAGUCAUUGCGAUCUUAUCUGAGGUCUCGGCUGAGUUUCUUAUCAGGUUUACAAAAUCAUCUGAGAAUCUGAAAAAAACUACUUAUGCCGGUGUAAUGGGUGAAUCGUUCGGACGAGCUGGAUCUAUCUUGUUGCAGAUUUGUAUUAUGAUUACUAAUCUUGGGUGUCUUAUCAUUUAUCUCAUCAUUAUCGGAGAUGUUUUGUGUGGAAGUGGAAAUAAUGAAUCAAUGCAUUCAGGGAUGUUGCAAGAAUGGUUUGGGUUGCAAUGGUGGAACACAAGAUCAUUUGCAAUUCUAUUCACUGUCAUUUUUGUUGUCAAUCCAUGGGUGUUGUUUCUGGUGUUACUUGCUGCAGAAUCAUUGAGGUUUACUUCUGCGGUAUGGGUACUUCUAGCUGUGGUGUUUGUUGCAAUCAGCACGGUUUUAGCCAUCUCUGCACUUUGGCAUGGUAAAACCAAGACUCCUAGAUUGUUGCCAGUACUAGAGAACAAGGCAUCAUUUUUUGAGUUGUUUACGGCGGUUCCCAUCAUUGUGUCAGCAUUCACCUUCCAUUUUAAUGUUCAUCCGAUUGCAGCAGAACUGAGGAAAACUUCUGAAAUGGUCACGGCUGUGCGUAUAUCCCUCGUCUUGUGUGCAGCAGUUUACGCAGCAGUUGGGUUCUUUGGGUACCUACUGUUUGGGGAUUCCACCAUGUCUGAUAUACUUUCAAAUUUCGAUCACAAUUUCGGUUCUAGUGUUGGGACUCUUCUUAACGAUACAGUUCGCUUAAGCUAUGCGCUCCAUCUAAUGUUGGUUUUUCCACUACCUAAUUUCUCACUGAGGGUAAACGUAGACGAAUUCCUCUUUCCAGAGUGGCCUUUUUUGUCUUCGCAUAACAUCCGGUUCGUUCCGCUCACUUGCAUACUUCUCAUAUUCGUCUACAUAGCAGCAAUAGCCAUCCCAAAUAUAUGGUUUUUCUUCCAGUUCCUUGGAUCAACAACUUCACUCUGUGUAGCUUUCAUAUUCCCUGGCGCCAUUGUCCUCAGAGACGUUCAAGGAGUAGCAACAAGAAGAGAUAAGAUUUUAGCUGUACUAAUGAUUGCCAUUGCGGUAAUAGCUAGUACGAUCGCUAUUUACUCCAAUAUUGCAAGCUUACUUGGAUGAAAUUGUACAGUACAGGUAGAUGCAACAUAUACUUUUAUCAUACUGGCACCAUUACAAUGGCCUCCCUCACUUCUCUGUCAGUGCAAAAUCAAAGUAAUAUGCUAGUGUAUCUAUCAAAGAAAUGCAUUUGCAAUGAGAAUCCGGUGAAAACAAAUUCUUAGCAUUAGCAUUGUGGAUUCAUGAUGUUACACAGUUCUUCCAAGAUGGUGUUUUAUGAAUGAUAAAGUGAACUCUUCGUCUCCUGUCUUCAUAUUCCAUGAAGCUAUCAUGCUUUUUUUGGAUCUGACUCGUGUAUAUCUGGUUGAAAUCACCUGACUUGUCCGGAUCUGACUUUGUUUUUCGAGUCAGACCCACUCAAAAAUAUGUGGAGUUAGUUGCUUGGUCCCAUGAUUCAGGGGCAUUUUAUUCCAGACGUAUUUAUAAACACUUACUUUUUAGUCUAAAUGUUUGGAGUUGCACAUUGAUAUUGGAAAUCAGAGCUGAAACCAAUCUUCUUCUUCUUCCUCCUCCUAAACUGAAUGAUGAUUCCUCUAAGAAAAAUAAUCUGUAAUCACCAUUCUCCAUUCCCACCUCAUUUGUUCCUUGUAAGUUCUAACCUAUCCCAUUUUGAAAGUGAAGUGAUUAAUGAAUGCAAGUCUGGUAAAAUCAAGAAACUAGACGAUGCUUUGGAUUACUUUGAUAAAUUGGUUGCAAUGAAUCACUUGCCAUCAAUUGUUACACUCUCUCAUUUACUGAAUUCAUUAUCCAAAAUUGGAUGUUAUUCAGAUGUAAUCACAAUGUGUAAGAAGAUGAAUGAUAUUGGAAUCCAACCUUGUUUCUUGACAUUGAACAUUUUGAUUAAUUGUUAUUGUCAAUUGAAGGAAACUGGUUAUGGGUUCAGUUUGUUUGGUGAUCUUCUGAAGAGGGGUUAUGAUCCUGAUAUAAUCACAUUUACUAAUUUGAUCAGGGGGUUGUG